UCUCCUCCUUCUCCCCGAGAUAUAAGAUUUGUUAAUUUCCUGGCGUUGUUCUUCCUUUGCUACGUACUUCGAUGAAAGACACAGUGAUACGCCGUGAUGGUUUCCCAGCAGGAAGGUCCUCGGCAACUACACUCGGCAAUCGGACAGAACUCCGACCAUCGCAAGGAGGACGAUUUGGCAGCGGCCAUGAAUAACCGUGAUCCAAGUGCCCAGUUUCCGCAGAAUAACAACAGCUCGCAAACUCCGGUCGAGCACUUAUAUCUCACCUUCGAUACCAUCCUGCCGCAGCCUGUGGGUCUUUCUUCCCCGCAGCACGGCCGGGCAGAUCCACCACCAUGCCCAGAUCUCUCCCAAUAUGCAUCGCCAUUUCUCUGGUCUGAGCCGCGCAAGUUUGUAAUUACUAUGAUAUCAUGCGGUGUGACUGCAAUGUCAGCAUAUGCGGCAGGCGAAUAUACUCCUCCAGCGGAUGAGCUUACCGAAAAGUGGAACGUGAGUAGAGUUGUCUACAAUCUGGGGAUCACUUUGUUCUGUCUGGGGUUUGGUAUCGCGCCUAUGGUCUUGGCACCCUUUUCGGAGAUCAAUGGCAGAAGACCAAUAUUUGUGACCAGUGGUGUUGUAUUUACUGUCUGCCUUAUUGGCUGCGGCGCGACAAAUUCGUUUGCCGGGCUGCUUGUUGCAAGAUUCUUUCUCGGAAUUGGAGGAUCCACCUUCUCGACUAUGGUUGGUGGAGUCAUCAGUGACAUUUACCAUGCUGGGGAUCGCAAUACUCCCAUGUCAUACUUUGCCGGUGCUGUCCUCUUCGGCACAGGCUUAGGUCCACUCAUCUCCGGCUUUAUUCAACAACGAGCAUCCUGGCGAUGGAUCUACUACUCCCAGGCAAUUGCUGCUGCGGUGUUUCUACUCAUACUGUUUUUCUUCCUGAAAGAAACUCGUGGAAGUGUACUUUUGAGUCGAAAGGCGAAGACUUUGAAUAAGUACUACGAGGCGCUCGAAAAAGCUGGCUACUACGGUGUGGUGCUUAACUCGAAUGAGUUUCCGGAGAAGCAACAAGUCCAGCGAAUUAGAUGGAAGGUCAAAAGUGACGAAGAGCGCGAGACUUUGCUUAAAAUGAUAUCUAUCUCAUGUUACCGGCCGUUUCGUGAGUACCCGCUCAAUCUUCUUUUCACCGAGCCAGUGGUCUUCUUCUUUUCCCUUUGGGUUGCCUUUAGUUGGGCAAUUUUGUAUCUGAAAUUUAGUGCUGUGCCUCUUGUCUUUUCGACCAAUCAUCAAUUUACUAUUGAACAAAAUGGGGCGGUUUUCUCGGCGGUCUCUGUUGCUUCGAUUAUUGCCACAGUGGUGAGUGUAAACCAAGAAAAGGUUGCCACUCGAAUUGGCAAAAUGUCAAACACACCAGAAGGGCGGUUAUACUUCGCGUGCGUCGAGUCAAUAUUGAUGCCGGUUGGGUUAUUCUGGUUUGGUUGGACGUCGUAUUCAUCGAUUCCUUGGAUUAUUCCAACUAUCGCCAUCGGUUGCUCAACAAUUGGGAUUCUAUCUAUAUACUUGGCCACUUUCAAUUACCUUGCCGAUACAUACCAUCGAUACGCUAGCUCUGCGAUUGCCGCCCAGUCUUUUUGCCGCAACGUCCUUGGAGGCGUGUUUCCACUGGUGACGGAUGCUAUGUUUACCAAUCUUGGGUACCCCGCUGCCUGUAGCCUUUUAGGAGGGAUUGUAAGAAGGGUUUCCCAAGAUUAGCGCUCGGGUUGCUAACAUUAACCAGGGCGUUCUAUUGACAAUAGUGCCGUGGGUAUUGGUAUUCUUCGGUCCUAAGAUUCGAGCACAAAGCAAGUUUGCCAGUGUAGGUCAACAAAGAAGGCAUUGGCUGGAGUUAUGCUCAUUUACUCCCAGGAAAUCAUGCACCAAGAUUAGAUAUACUUGCCCAGAGACGAGGCAAGGAUUGCUUUGGAGAUACUAAACGCUGCAACCAAUAUUAAGCCCUGAGCUUGCAGUUUCCAUACUUGACCCCCUCUUGGGACUCGGCCCAAAUUGGGCAACUUUUGGAAUUCGGCCAGUGCCUA